AAGGAGGGGCCAGUGUGAGUGACGUCAGUGACACUGAGGUGAAUGUGGGCAUUGCCAGUGGUGCUCCAUCAGUGCCUAUGUGAAAUGUGAAUGCGGAUGCGGAUGCUUGGCCCAUCUGCCUCUGUGGGUUUGGGGUCUCAUGCCUGGAAGCGUUCAGGCCUGGGGAAGCCCCGUGUGAGAAUUGCGCACAGCCCUCCUGGUGUCCUGUCACUGCUCUUCCUUCUGUCACCUCCAGACCAGGGCUUCUCAGCCUUGGCACAGUUGACAUUUGGGGCUGGAUAAUUGGUUGAGAGGGGUCACCUGUGCAAGUCGAAUGUUGCGCGGCAUCCCUGGCCUGGACAAGCCUGAUGCCAGAAGCAUCCCCCAGUCGAGACAACCAGACUGUCUCUACCCAUGCCAGGUGUCCCCUGAGAGAUGGAGUCGCCCCUGGCUGAGAACCACUGCUGGGGAUUAUGGCAGGAAAAGUAAAAUGGGUCACUGAUAUCGAGAAGUCAGUGCUGAUCAAUAACUUUGAGAAGAGAGGAUGGGUCCAAGUGACAGAAAACGAGGAUUGGAAUUUCUACUGGUUUGUGUCUCAAUCUAAUAAAGAAGCCUACGUGAUCUCUCUCUAUAUUAACAACCCUUUACUUAUUGGCGGGAGGAAGUUCGACUUGCGCUUGUACGUUCUGGUGUCUACAUACCGUCCGCUGCGCUGUUACAUGUAUAAACUUGGGUUUUGCCGGUUUUGCACGGUGAAAUACACCCCGAGUACCAGUGAGCUGGACAACAUGUUCGUUCAUCUCACCAACGUUGCCAUCCAGAAACAUGGGGACGACUACAACCACAUCCACGGGGGCAAGUGGACGGUCAGCAACUUGCGGCUCUACCUGGAGAGCACCCGCGGCAAGGAGGUGACCAGCAAGCUGUUCGACGAGAUCCACUGGAUCAUCGUACAGUCCCUGAAGGCCGUGGCGCCGGUGAUGAACAAUGACAAACACUGCUUUGAAUGCUAUGGCUACGACAUCAUUAUUGAUGACAAGCUGAAACCCUGGCUGAUCGAGGUGAACGCGUCCCCGUCUCUCACCUCCAGCACUGCCAACGAUCGAAUCCUCAAGUAUAACCUGAUUAACGACACCCUCAACAUUGCCGUCCCCAACGGCGAAAUUCCAGACUGCAAAUGGAACAAGUCGCCCCCAAAGGAAGUCCUUGGCAAUUACGAGAUUCUGUACGAUGAAGAACUGGCCCAGGGUGACGGGGCCGACCGGGAGCUGAGAAGUCGUCAGGGCCAGUCUCAGGGGCCCAGGGCAGGCCGAUCGAGAGACUCAGGGAGAGCCGUUCUCACUACCUGGAAGUGACUCCAACCCGGACCUUAUCAAAACGACUCACUCCCCUGGGCCCCUGCUGAAGCCCUGUUUUGAAAUUUUCCUUUUCUAGAGCUUUUUUCCUUUCCUAAGCCCUGUAAAUAAAUGAAAGCACUUCUUUGGAAAGUUA